AUGUCCGAUGAUUUGAGCUACCUCCCAACUACGAUUGUGUACGCCUUGUUUGGCAUAUUCGGUAUCGUCGGCAAUGGCCUCGUGCUCCUUGUCAUCGCCCUAGUCGACGAUCUCCACGGUGUCACUAAUCUUUUCAUUGCCAACCAAUCCCUGAUCGACCUAUGUACAUCUGUUAUCCUCAUCGCCAAUUAUGUCAUACCACUACCACCACUACCGAUAGAUCGACCAGCUCUGGCAAGUUUUCUCUGCAAAUACUGGUACACUAGGUAUCCGUUCUGGGCACUCAUCACCGCCAGCUCCUUAAACCUUGUCCUGAUGACACUGGAACGUUUCUGUGCCGUAUUUUACCCCAUCCGUUUCCGUAGACAAACCAACUCGAAGCUCCUAAAGUUCAUCGCAUUUCUCCCAUGGGCUAUCGGGUUUCUGUUUCAGCUUUCUUCGGGAAAGGUCUAA